GUGGAAGCUUAUAUAUAUGUGGAAGCGUUCUAAUCUCUAUUCGCGAAACAAUUUGACUUCCUUGAUUACUCUGUGAAGAUCAAGGAGGGAUUGUAAUCUAUUUCCUCAUCAGUAUUUUGACUUUUGAUUGCUCUACGAAGAUCAAGAAGAACAAAAGAUCCAGCGUCUCAAUCUCCUCUCCUGGGUCCUCUUCAAUUGACACCCUUUUGGUCUUGGAAAAAAUGGUGGACGGAGGCCCAGGCUACACAAUUGAUGAAGCUCUAACUGCCAUGGGUUUUGGAAAUUUCCAAUUACUUGUGCUUGCUUACGCUGGCCUUGGCUGGAUUGCUGAAGCAAUGGAAAUGAUGAUACUCUCUGUUGUAGGCCCAGCAGUUCAAUCUGCAUGGAGUCUUUCCCCUCAGCAAGAGAACCUAAUAACUAGUAUAGUUUUUGCUGGCAUGCUAAUGGGGUCUUACACAUGGGGUAUUGUUUCAGAUAAGCAUGGAAGAAGGAAGGGGUUUCUUAUCCCAGCUCUAGUUACUGCUAUGGCUGGUCUCCUGAGUGCCUUUUCGCCUAGUUAUAUAUUUUUGGUUAUCUUUCGUGGCAUGGUUGGUGUUGGUUUGGGAGGUGGCCCUGUAUUAGCAUCUUGGUUUCUGGAGUUUGUUCCAGCAUCCAGCAGAGGGACCUGGAUGGUUGUGUUUUCAGCAUUUUGGACUCUUGGAACAAUUUUGGAAGCAUCACUUGCAUGGUUGGUCAUGCCAAGAUUGGGUUGGAGAUGGUUACUUGCAUUAUCUUCCCUGCCAUCACUAUUCCUUCUCCUGUUCUACAGAAUGACUCCUGAGUCACCAAGAUACCUAUGCUUAAAGGGCAGAACUACUGAUGCAGUCAAUAUUUUGGAGAAAAUAGCAAAAAUGAAUGGAACGAAACUACCUCCUGGCAUCAUUACUUCUGAUAAUCAAACUGAUCUGGACAGUAUUAAUGCAGAAGAAACAAAUUUACUCUCACCAAAAGAUGGAGUUGGACCUACUAAAGAAAUGGAUAAUAACUUUGGGGGAGUUUCAUCAUUUUUAACACUUCUUUCAUCAAAAUUGGCAAGGUCAACCCUUCUCUUAUGGGUUGUGUUCUUUGGUAAUGCUUUUUCAUAUUACGGCCUUGUUUUGCUGACCUCAGAAUGGAACAAUGGACGUAGUAAAUGCACCUCACCUAGAUUGCAGUCAGAGAACAAUGGUGUUAGCUACAGAGAUGUUUUUGUUGCUAGUUUUGCAGAGCUACCUGGGCUCCUCUUGUCCGCUGCAGCAGUAGAUAAAAUCGGUCGUAAGAUCUCAAUGUCAGCUAUGCUCUUCGUCUAUUGCAUUUUCCUUCUACCACUAGUUUUUCACCUGCCUGAAGGUCUAGCAACAGGGCUUCUGUUCGGAGCUCGCAUAUGCAUCACUGGAAGCUUCACUAUUGUGUACAUAUAUGCUCCAGAGAUAUACCCAACAUCAGUCAGAGCAACUGGCGUUGGAAUUGCAAGCUCAGUGGGCAGGAUUGGUGGAAUGCUAUGUCCGUUGGUGGCAGUGGGUUUAGUGCAUUAUUGUCAUCAAAUUGCAGCUGUGCUUCUCUUUGUGAUGAUUGCCCUUGUUUCUGGAAUAUGCGUAAUGCUCUUUCCUGUUGAGACCAUGGGCCGAGAACUUGUAGAUAAUGAGUCGGAGCUCAGUAAAGAUUAAUGCAUCACAGAAGCAAGAUUUAUAAAUAUAAUGAAGGAUGGACAAUGUGGCUGUGCGGAAGCCACCUGGACUUGGCCCUGUAGAGUGGGAAUGGAAGAUGGUGAGGGGAUGACGUCUGACAACAUCCAAAUGAAACAGCAAGAUUUUGUUUUUUCAUCUGAAGACGAAGGCAUUUUGGUCAUUGAGAAACUAAGAAGCAUUAGUUUCUUGACCACAUUUGUAUUUUUACACGGUUAGGAUUGCAUUUGGGACGGAGACAGAUGUAUUGUUUUGUUCAGAUGUUAAGAGUUUGUAGAUAGUGCGAUGUAUUAUAAAUUUUACAAAUAUAUAAAUUUAGGAGCAUUCAUCCCCCUCAAAUGAUAUUUUAUAAGGAUUGUCUAUGAUAUUAUCACUAUGAAUUUUAUUUUUCCUA